AUGUCAAUAGCUACGAGGUCAAUCGCGCGACUUGCUUCAGCUCGAUCAUUGUCUCGUCGAGCUAUCCCUUUCACUUCUCUCCGAAGAGCUGCACCUGUAGUUUCUAUACGGCAUGGAUCAAGUCUUCCUCCACGUUCUGACAAAUUUGCCAAACCAACUCAAGAUCACUUGACCAACCUCAAAUCGAUCGCUUCAUCGACAUUAUCGACAUUGGACGGAUCAGCAACUGCAGAUGAAUUGAAAAGCUUCAACGAUGAUUGGAUGAAUAAAUAUCAUGGAAAAGGUCCUAUAGUGGUCAAACCCAAAACCACAGAAGAAGUUUCAAAGGUUUUGAAAUAUUGUUACGAUAAUGAUUUGGCUGUCGUCCCACAAGGUGGAAAUACCGGUUUAGUAGGAGGAUCAAACCCGAUUCAUGAUGAAAUCAUAUUGAAUCUCACCAACUUGAAUCAAAUUCGAUCAUUCGAUGAAGUAUCAGGUGUACUGGUUGCGGAUGGCGGAGUCAUACUAGAAGCUGCAGAUCAUUUUUUGGCUGAAAAAGGUUUCAUAUUCCCGUUGGAUUUAGGUGCGAAAGGAUCUUGUCAUAUAGGUGGAAACGUAGCUACCAAUGCGGGUGGUUUAAGAUUGUUGAGAUAUGGUAGUUUACAUGGCACCGUGUUAGGUUUAGAAGUGGUUUUACCUGAUGGUACAAUUUGGAAUGGUUUGAGUAAAUUGAGAAAAGAUAAUACUGGAUUUGACAUCAAACAACUGUUCAUCGGAUCAGAAGGUACAAUUGGAAUAAUCACUGCUAUCUCGAUAUUAUGUCCUAGAAGACCAAGCGCUAUGAAUGUCGCUGUCUUCUCUUUGGACUCUUACGAGGCAGUACAAAAAGUCUUUGCUGAAGCCAAAGGUCAUCUGGGAGAGAUCUUAUCUGCGUUUGAAUUCUUCGACAAACAAAGUUAUGCCCUCGUAAAGAAACACCAAGAAGAGAAUGGAGGUGAAAGAAAAGUGUUUGAGACAGAGGGUGACUUCUACUGUCUGAUAGAAACUGGUGGUAGCAACUCUGAACACGAUGAAGCUAAACUGACGGGUCUUCUCGAACAUUUGAUGGAGAACGAAAUGGUUCUUGAUGGAGUAUUGGCACAAGACUCAACUCAAUUCCAAUCCUUAUGGUCAUUACGUGAAUUAGUUCCCGAAUCAGCUGGUAAAGCGGGAUCAGUGUACAAAUACGAUGUCUCAGUACCCGUUGGAAAAAUGUACGGAUUGGUAGAGAAGAUGAGAACCAAAUUAAGGGAAGGUGGUGUAUUGGAAGGUGAUGGAAACAAAGAUGGUCCUAUCAGAGCUGUAGCUGGAUACGGUCAUAUGGGUGAUGGUAAUCUACAUAUCAAUAUAGUGGCAAACAAAUAUUCCGACGAAGUUGAAAAGAUCAUCGAACCAUAUAUCUAUGAAAUCGUAUCUGAGAAUGAAGGUUCGAUAUCAGCAGAACAUGGAUUAGGAGUUAUGAAAGCUCCUUAUAUAGGAUAUUCAAAGAAUGAUACUUCCAUUGAACUCAUGAGAAAGAUCAAGACAUUGUUCGAUCCAAAAGGUUUAUUAAACCCUUACAAAUAUAUCAUAUAG